AUGGCAGGUAAUCAAGUUGCAGAGGAGAAGAAAUCUAGUGUCAAAAUCCUCAACACAACAAAUGUGAAGCCCAAAAAACCACUAGGAAAAAGAGAGUGUCAAUUGACCACAUUUGAUCUUCCUUAUUUGGCCUUCUAUUAUAACCAGAAGUUGCUGAUCUAUAAAGGGGGUGAGGCAGAAUUUGAGGGUAUAGUUGAAAAAUUGAAGGAUGGUUUAGGUUUAGUCUUGGAGGAAUUUCAUCAGUUGGCUGGGAAUUUGGGAAAAGAUGAAGAUGGGGUGUUUAAGGUGGUUUACGGGGACGAUAUGGACGGCGUGGAGGUGCUGGUGGCGGCCUCGGAGGAGUUAGCAGUGGAGGAUCUCUCGGCGGAGGAGGGCACCACCAAGUUCAAGGAGUUGAUCCCAUAUUAUGGAGUAUUGAAUUUGGAGGGGCUUCACAGACCACUUCUUGCUGUGCAGUUCACUAAACUAAAGAAUGGACUUGCAAUUGGGUGUGCCUUUAAUCAUGCUAUACUUGAUGGUACAUCCACGUGGCACUUCAUGAGUUCAUGGGCUGAGGUGUGCCGUGGGUCCACAUCUAUCUCGGCCCCACCCUUCCUCGAGCGCACCAAGGUCCGAAACACACGAUUGAAACUUAAUAUGUCCCAACCAUCAGACGCACCAGAGCAUGCCAAAUCAACAGCAAAUGGUGACGUGGCUGCCAAGGUAGACCUACCCCUAAGAGAAAAGGUCUUCAAAUUUUCCGAGUCAGCCAUUGACCAAAUCAAGUCAAAAGUCAACGCUCACCCAUCCGAGGGGUCAAAACCAUUCUCAACAUUCCAGUCACUCUCUACACACGUGUGGCAUGCAGUCACACGUGCACGCCAACUCAAGCCUGAGGACUACACAGUUUUCACAGUAUUUGCUGACUGCCGUAAAAGGGUGGAACCUCCUAUGCCGGAAAGCUACUUCGGGAACCUAAUUCAAGCCAUUUUCACAGUAACUGCGGCAGGGUUGUUAUUGGCCAACCCGCCGGAGUUCGGGGCAGCCAUGAUACAGAAGGCCAUCGACAUGCAUGAUUCCAAAGUCAUUGAUGCACGUAACAAGGAGUGGGAGAGCAACCCAAAGAUAUUCCAAUUCAAGGAUGCUGGAAUCAACUGUGUGGCAGUUGGAAGUUCACCACGUUUUAAGGUUUACGACAUAGACUUCGGUUGGGGAGAGCCAGAGAGUGUGAGGAGUGGCUCCAACAAUAGGUUUGAUGGCAUGGUAUAUCUGUAUCCAGGCAAAAAUGGAGGUAGAAGCAUUGAUGUGGAGAUCACUUUGGAGGCUAAUGCUAUGGAGAGGGACUUCAAAAACCAUCAAGAGAGAAUCUUCUACCAUCAGGGGUAUUCUGAAGAAUCAGGAGCUAGCUUGGGAUCAGACAUUCCUCUUUCUAAGCGCUAUAGUGAGCGAUUACCAGCCGACGAAGACACUCUCAGGCAAGGAGAAGAUGCGCACAGUGACUUUGUACAGAUCGGCGAUGGUGGUUGUUCAUCGUUGCUGCGCGUAGCUUUUCCAUGCCUGAUCGACAGUGGUGGUUGUAGUGCUCAGAUAACGAUCGCUUCCACACUUCACUGUGCAGCGACGCUUGGCAGUCUCUCAGUAGUGUCGCGACGCUAUAGAGAAAAACGAAGACAAGAGCAACUAUCAGACCUAUUGUUAGAAACACUUCAAUUCGUGGAGACGGUUGCCCUAAAAGCCUGGUUGAUCCGUGUUAGCUUGGUAAUCUCCGACGAAUCCAAGCGGGAGAGAACGAAGAUGGGCGACAAUGGCGAGUUCGAGGAAGAGGAAGGCAGUGAGAAAUGA